AACUCUGAUGACGCACCUCUUCCUGGUUGCAUCAAAACCAUUUUUUUUUUUGGUGCUGUUUGAGUUCGUAGCCAGCGUCCCUUUUGUGAUAUUUGUUUGUUCUCCUGGUUUGUUGUUUUAUCGGAGCAGGAUGUUUAAAGGGUUCGGGACGUGGCUGGGUUUGGAGAAAACGUCAGAGGAGCAGGAGGAGAAGGAGGAGAAGGAGGUGGUUGAAGCCCAGAAUGAGGUAAACAAACAGCAAGCAGCUGAGCGCGAUGAUGAGCCAGAAGAGACGAUCGGAGGAGCUCCAGACCACAGUAAAGGACUCGGUGGCUUCAUCUUCAGUUUUGCGUCCAGCGCCACCAAGAAGUUGUCGGAGUCGGUGGUUGGGACGGCUCAGACCAUCAGGAAGACGGUGGAGGAAGGGAAGAUCGACGGCAUCAUAGAUAAGACCAUCCUGGGAGACUUCCAGAAGGAGCAGGAGAAGUUUGUCCAAGAGAAGAAGUCCAGACGAUCAGAAGCAGCAGUGCCUCCCUGGGUGGGCUACAACGAGGAAGAGACCAUCCAGCAGCAGAUCCUGGCUCUUUCCGCCGACAAGCGGAACUUCCUGCGCGACCCUCCGGCCGGCGUCCAGUUCCACUUCGACAUGGAGCAGAUGUACCCGCUGGCUGCCGUCAUGCUGGAGGAGGACCAGCUUCUCAACCGCAUGCGCUUCGACCUAGUUCCCAAACAGGUGAAGGAGGAGGUGUUUUGGAGGAAUUACUUCUACAGGGUGUCUCUGAUCAAACAGUCGGCUCAGCUCACCGCGCUGGCCGCCCACCAGCAGCAGAAGGAGGGCGGAGACGGCGUUUCACCUGAUGACAUCGUCUUAAAAGACAACGUCAGACCAAAAACUCCACCGGUUUCCAUCAGCGACAUUCAGAAGGCCCCUCAUGAGGAGGAGGAAGAGAUUUCAACAAGUCCUGGAGUUUCCGAGUUUGUCAGCGACGCUUUUGACUCGACAGCGAUCAACCAUGAGGACCUGAGGAAAGAGAUGGAGCAGCUGGUGCUGGACAAGAAGGACAGCGUCCCUUCUGCUGAUGAUGAGACGCCAGACUGGGAGAAAGAGCUGCAGCAGGAACUCCAGGAGUACGAAGUCGUGACCGAGUCGGACAACAAAGACGACCAGUGGGAUCAGGAGAUCGAGAAGAUGCUGCAGGCUGAGGACAGCUAGGAACCAGAACUCUGCCUACAUUCUGGCUCAGAAGGAAAGCCCAGAAUCCCUCACACAGUCGGGUUGAUCCAGCUGUAGCAAAACAGCUUCUGUUCCGGGCAGAGCGAGUAUUUUAAUGAAGUACUGCUUAGUUUUAUCUCCUCCUUUCCUUCCUUCCUGGCUACAUCCUCUAGGGGGAGCUCUGGUGCAACUAAUUACUUCCCCAGCAGGCAUUUAGACUGCUGUCUGUAGAGGUGCACCAAUCGGGGCUUCCUUCCACUUCCAGGAAGCGUUGCAGCUGUGCAGCAUCUCAGCUUUGCACAGAGACAGAACUCAGCCUUCAUCUUCAGACCUGAACUCCUUCAACUGUUUCAGCCUUUUGCUCUGAAAUCAUCUCUUAAGUUCAGCUGCCGCUCUCUGCUGGAU